AUGGGAUAUCCGGGCACAGAGGUAUCAGGCUACUGGGGGCCGCCGACGGCGACCAUCGACUGGUGCGAGGAGAACUACGUGGUGUCGUACUACGUCGCGGAGUGGGCGAACACGCUGUCCAACGCGUGGUUCGUGGCGCUGGCGCUGUACCAGCUGUACUCCGUGCGGCGGCACGGGCUGGAGCGGCGCUUCGCGGUGACUGCGGCGGGGAUGGCGGCGGUGGGCGCGGGGUCGUGGGCGUUCCACAUGACGCUGCGGUACGGGUGCCAGCUGCUGGACGAGUUGCCGAUGGUGUACGUCACGUGCGUGCCUGCGUGGAGCGUGGCGGGCGAGCUGGGGCGCGGGCGGCAGGCGGGCGCGGCGCUGGCGGCGGGCGCGGCGGCGCUGACGGCGGCGUACGUGUGGGUGUACACGGACCCGUUUCUGCACGAGCUGGGGUACGCGGUAAUCACGGGGUACGUCGUGGUGUGCGCGGUGUACCUGGGGCGGACGCGGGUGCGGGACGCGGCGGCGCGGCGGGGGCUGGCGCAGUGCAUGGUGCUGGGUGUGGGGCUGUUCGCGGCGGCGUACGCGCUGUGGCAGCUGGACGUGCACUGCUGCGGCGUGUGGGUGCGUGUGCGGCGGCAGUACCUGGGGCUGCCGCUGGGGCUGCUGCUGGAGUUGCACGCGUGGUGGCACGUGCUGACGGGGUCGGGCGUGUACUGCGUGUGCGUGUAUCUGAUGUACCUGCGGCAGCUGCUGCACGGGCGCGGGGAGGCGUUCGAGCUGGUGUGGCGGUGGCGGGUGCUGCCGGAGCUGACGCGGCGGGGGCAGCGGGUGCGGGCGAACUACGCGCUGACGCUGCUGGGGCCGUACGCGGGGCGCGCGCGGGCGGCUUAG